UGUUAUGUAUGUAUAUUUCCUCUACAUAUAUAUACCGUUAGCCUCUCCGUUCUGCUCUUCUCGAGGGGUAUCAAAUGGCGUCGUUUCGGGCACUGAGAUCGGGAAUCUACGACCGAGAAGAGCGAAAACAGCAGUACCAGGCUCAUAUUCGAGGCCUCAACGCCUAUGACCGCCACAAGAAGUUUCUCACCGAUUACGUUGGAUUUUAUGGGAAAGAAAAAGCCACACAUGUUAAGUUGCCUGUUAAAACUGAUCAAGACACCCUACGAGAGGGAUAUCGGUUCAUACGUACUGAGGAAGAUGACAUGAAUCCUUCUUGGGAGCAAAGACUGGUGAAGCGUUACUAUGAUAAGCUUUUUAAAGAAUACUGCAUAGCUGACAUGUCACAAUACAAAAGUGGCAAGAUUGGUCUGCGGUGGAGGACAGAGAAGGAAGUGAUGUCUGGGAAAGGGCAGUUUAUAUGUGGUAACAAACAUUGCGAUGAGAAAGAUUGCUUAACAAGUUAUGAGGUAAAUUUUUCUUAUUCUGAAGCUGGAGAAAACAAACAAGCCCUAGUGAAAUUGGUAACUUGUGAGAGAUGUGCGAAGAAGCUUCAUUACAAAAGGCGGAAAGAGAAGGAGCUAGAAGAAAAAAGAGAGCAAGAAGAAAACAAAAGAAAGAGGAAUCGUUCAAGGAGGGAUGCUGAAACAGAUAUCGAGUAUGAAGAGGCCAAAGAGAGGAGAAAAGGGAAAAAGGCUUCAAGUUCAACUGUUGACAAUAAAAUUGAUGACGAUGAUAGCUUUGAUGAGUUUCUUGAGGGAAUGUUUCCAUGAUAUUAGCUGACUGACUGCUGCCCAUAUUCAGAGGUACUCUUCAACGCAUGCUUACCAGUAAGAAAUGGACGAAAAGUUAAACAUGAAGAUUGUGUAGUAUAUCGGCAAUUCAAUUGUGGAGGGUAAAAGAAGCUGAAAAUGGAGAGCCUUUUCUUAAUUGAGCUUUGCUGGGUUCUCCACCUUCCUGGCAAAAUUUUUGCCAACUUAUUGGAUGUCAUAUUUGGAGCACACUAGUACAUGUGCCUGCAACAGUAUGAAGGGAAAAUGAUCCCAAAAUGAUUUGCCUUUUCUUAGAAGAGCUUUACUGGAUUCAGGAUGACAACGACAACAACAUUAAUAGCUUUGAUAGUUGUGUGUUAUACUAGGCAGAAAGGUCUGUAAUAUAACAUGUCAGAUAAUUGGAUUUGGCGUAGGUGCUGUAGAAAAAAACUACCGGAAAUCUUAUGUAGUUUUUUUAAUGGUCCAGAUUUGAUUCCAAGUUGGAUCAAAGGGUGGGCGCUAGUAGGCCCUAGGGUUUGGUUUCUUUUAAGUAUGUAUGAUGACCAGAAGAAAAUGUUUGAUAGUUGAGGAUGUGGAAUACAAUUGUACUUGGGUGCUACUUUGUGUUUGACAAUAAACAGUCUCAAUUUUUCAUUUUCC